AUGAUGCAAAGUGACAAUGCUGACGCUUUUGCAUCCACAAAAACAUUCCCAACAGUUGUGAAGAUCAAUAAGAAGCUCAAAGAUAUGGAGGUGGACUUACGUUUCACAAAAUGGGUAUUCUCGGAGGCUCAACAAGCGGUGCUUUUGCAGAUGACUAUGUUUUGCAAGAUUUUGACGAAGAGUUUAUGGAUAGUGACGCGGUCGAUAAAAAGUACAGAUAAAGGAACUGGGAUGAAGCGCAAGUUUACUACAGAGACCGGUGGUGAGCAAGGAAAUGUGCUUGUUGGCAUUAUUCUGGAUUUCGUGAGUGGAACUAGUGUUAUCGUGCGAUGUGUACGUCGUCAGCCCGAGAGUAAUUUGAUCAAGUCCCAAAUUACUCUCGGGCUGACGACGUAA